AUGGCAUGGAUAGAAGAUAAUGACGGGGAUAAUGGGAGGGAAAAGAAAUUCGUUGGGGAAAAUGGGUUUUUGAAAGUGUCUGAGCCUUCUUCUGAUGGUUCUGUUGGGGAUGGGGGUUCGGUGAGUAAGAAAUGUGAAGGGAAGGAUGAUGUUUCGUAUGCCAACAUACUGCGUUCGAGGAACAAGUUUGUGGAUGCUCUUGCUCUGUACGAGCGUGUGCUGGAGAGUGAUGGUGGGAAUGUGGAGGCUCUUAUUGGGAAAGGGAUAUGUUUGCAGAUGCAGAAUAUGGGUAGGCUUGCCUUUGAGAGUUUUACUGAGGCGAUCAGGUUGGAUCCUCAGAAUGCUUGUGCUCUCACACAUUGCGGUAUUCUGUACAAAGACGAAGGUCGCCUCAUGGAGGCCGCUGAGAUAUUGUGCUUACACAUUUUGAUCACAAGUCAUAACUGGUAUAUUAAUAUAAUGAUUUAUUGGGAACAGUCAUAUCAAAAGGCUCUCCAAGUGGAUCCUUCAUACAAAGCAGCUGCUGAGUGCUUAGCAAUUGUUUUAACAGAUAUUGGUACCAACAUAAAGCUUGCAGGAAGCACUCAGGAAGGAAUUCAAAAAUAUUUUGAAGCUCUCAAAAUAGAUCCACACUAUGCUCCAGCAUAUUAUAACCUUGGUGUGGUCUAUUCUGAAAUGAUGCAAUAUGAUAUGGCCCUUAAUUUCUAUGAAAAGGCAGCACUAGAGAGGCCUAUGUAUGCUGAAGCAUACUGUAACAUGGGUGUAAUAUACAAAAAUCGUGGUGAUUUGGAAGCAGCUAUUACUUGUUAUGAGAGGUGUUUAGCUGUUUCACCUAACUUUGAGAUCGCAAAGAAUAAUAUGGCUAUAGCUUUGACAGAUUUGGGAACAAAGGUUAAAUUGGAGGGUGACAUCAACCGUGGUGUGGCUUUUUAUAAGAAAGCUUUGUAUUAUAAUUGGCAUUAUGCUGAUGCUAUGUAUAAUCUUGGGGUUGCUUAUGGUGAGAUGCUUAAGUUUGAUAUGGCUAUCGUGUUCUAUGAACUUGCCUUCCACUUCAAUCCUCAUUGUGCGGAAGCUUGUAACAAUCUAGGUGUUAUAUAUAAAGAUCGUGACAACCUUGAUAAAGCAGUGGAAUGUUACCAGCUUGCUUUGGGAAUCAAACCCAACUUUUCACAGUCAUUAAAUAACCUUGGUGUUGUAUACACUGUCCAGGGAAAAAUGGAUGCUGCAGCAAGUAUGAUUGAGAAAGCUAUCAUUGCAAAUCCAACAUAUGCAGAGGCCUACAAUAACUUAGGACUAAAAUAUGCUAUCUUAGUCAAGGUUGUGCUGCUUAUUGCCUUCUUGCUUGACAUGUCAGGAGAGUCUAGCCUUGGUUAUAUGGCUUAUGAGAAUUUGGUUGAAAAGAGAGUUCUUUACAGGGAUGCUGGUGAUAUCACACUAGCAAUUAAUGCAUAUGAGCAAUGUCUUAAGAUUGAUCCUGAUUCUCGAAAUGCUGGCCAGAACCGUUUACUUGCAAUGAACUAUAUAGAUGAAGGAAACGAUGAAAAACUUUUUGAGGCUCACAGGUUUACUAAUGUAUAUCUCUUGUUGGCUCUGCUGGUAGUGUUUCGUUAUGUGGUUAAUGAGAUGCAUGGGUUUUCAUUGGUGGCUGGAGAAUUUAUCAAAGAAAUGUUUCCUUGCAGGGAUUGGGGUAGGCGAUUUAUGAGACUAUAUUCACAGUUCACAUCAUGGGACAACUCGAAAGAUCCUGAAAGGCCUCUUGUGAUAGGAUAUGUCUCUCCUGAUUAUUUUACGCAUUCUGUGUCAUAUUUCAUAGAAGCUCCGCUUGUCUAUCAUGACUAUACCAAUUAUAAAGUCAUUGUUUAUUCAGCAGUUGUCAAGGCAGAUGCAAAAACCAGCCGAUUUAGAGAGAAAGUCUUAAAGAAGGGUGGGAUCUGGAGAGACAUUUAUGGAACUGAUGAAAAGAAAGUUGCUGACAUGGUUAGAGAAGAUCAAGUUGAUAUUUUAAUAGAGCUUACUGGUCAUACUGCAAACAAUAAGCUGGGAAUGAUGGCAUGUCGACCUGCUCCAGUUCAGGUGCAUGUUGAAGAGUUAGUUCGAUUACCGGAUUGCUUCCUUUGUUACACUCCUUCUCCUGAGGCUGGUCCUGUUUGUCCUACUCCAGCUCUUUCCAAUGGCUUCAUUACAUUUGGUAGUUUUAACAAUCUUGCCAAGAUUACACCAAAGGUACUGCAAGUCUGGGCGAGGAUACUAUGUGCAAUUCCAAAUUCUCGCCUAGUGGUAAAAUGUAAACCAUUUUGCUGUGAUAGUGUGAGACAGAGGUUUCUUUCCACACUAGAAAAGUUAGGUCUGGAACCACUACGAGUUGAUCUUCUCCCCCUUAUUCUUCUUAACCAUGAUCAUAUGCAAGCUUAUUCUCUAAUGGACAUCAGUUUGGACACAUUUCCAUAUGCUGGAACAACCACAACUUGCGAAUCUUUAUUCAUGGGAGUUCCAUGUGUUACAAUGGCUGGUUCAGUGCAUGCACACAAUGUUGGUGUUAGUCUACUGAGCAAAGUUGGUCUGGGCCAUUUGAUUGCCAAAAAUGAAGAUGAAUAUGUAAAAUUUGCUCUGAAGUUGGCCUCCGAUGUUUCGGCACUACAAAUUUUGAGAAUGAGCCUGCGAGAGCUCAUGUCCAAGUCCCCUCUUUGUGAUGGAGCAAAAUUUAUCCAUGGACUAGAGUCAGCAUAUAGGCAAAUGUGGCGCAGAUAUUGUAAAGGAGAUGUUCCGGCUUUGAGACGCAUGGAACUGUUGCAGCAACCUGCUUCUACUAGUGACCCACCCAAUAAUAACUGUGAGCCAACAAGGAGCAUAAACUCAAGUGAGGGAAGCCCUGGAUCUGUCAUGGCAAAUGGAUUCAAUGCCACGCAACCACAGAAGCCUAAUGUUCACAGUUGCGAAGAAAAUGGUAGGCCAUUGAAUCAAAAUAGUAAUCAAGGGAUGGUGGUGGGUUCAAGUUGA